UAUGAAAACGGUAUCAUCAUGUUUUGAUGGCCGCCAUCUUCGUACGGUAACUUUGUGGAUGGUUAUAGCGAUGACUGUGGAGCAGUCUCCUUUACCAGUCAGAACAGGGCAGCGUACACGAGAUGAGAAUCUGACAUAUGCCAAAGUUCGAGAAGUAACAGGAGCCCCGGACCAUGUGAUUGAGGAAGCCAUUAGGGCUUGUAUCCGCACUGACGGCACGUAUAAGGUGGAAGAUGUUGUAACAACCAUCAUUGCUGAUGACUCUGUGUCUGCCGUGGCAAAGUCAAAAAAUGGCAACACCCAGACAAGUACAAAGCCCGUGGACCAGGUGGAUGCAUUACCAGGGCCAUCAAUUGGUCAAACUGCGGCCAAUAAUGGUCAGAAGAAGGCGACCUCGGGUAACACCUCUGCUAUGUCCAAGCUAGCCGGACCUGUACCAGAAGAAUUUAUUGAUCUCACAAGAGACAAUCAGGGAAUCUUGGGAGGCCAAGUGAGUCGAGAGGAGCAAGACAUCAGCAGGGUCUUGGAAGCAAGCCUGGCUGAGAGCAAAGGUAGCUCUAAGCGGAAACGCGGAGAGCUAUGGUUCAUCGACCCACUCAACCCGCAUGAGAGGACACGGCAGGAGGGCUGGCCGGUGGGCCUCAAGAACGUGGGCAAUACCUGCUGGUUCAGUGCAGUCAUACAGUCACUCUUUCACCUCCCCAAGUUCAGAGAGAUUAUUUUGAACUUCAAACAAGCUGGUCCUUCUUCAAGUGAGCUCUGUCCCAACCUGCGGUUUGUGUCGGAGCUGCGUCACCUGUUUGGCCUCCUGCUGGCCUCCAAGAGGAAGUACGUGGACCCCAGCAAGGCGGUGGACAUCCUGAAGGAGACCUCCUCCACCACCGCCCUCGAUGGACAGCAGGAUGUGAGUGAGUUUCAGCACAAGUUACUGGAUUGGCUAGAAGACGCCUUCAAGGUUCCCGUCGACCCCAGCCUGUCUGCGGGUGCGAGCCAGCAUCGAGAGAACCCUGUCAACCAGCUGUUCCAGGGAAAGUACAAGGCAGAAGGAAUCCACGAAGGCACGGUGUUUUCUCAGGAAGUGACCUUUGGUCAGUACCCGCUCAACGUGGUGGGCUUCAGUGACAUUCACGAGAGCCUGGAAGCUACAACAGCUCAGGGCGAAAUCGAGACAAUCAGCAGGGACUCCAGCAAGAAGUCUGGCCAGGAGAUCUGGUUCACGCACCUGCCCGUCGUCUUGACCUUUGAACUUUCUCGGUUUGGCUUCAACCAGCAGCUGAACAGGGCGGAAAAAAUUCAUCAGCAGCUGAGUUUUCCGCCUGUCCUUUAUGUAGAUAGAUAUUUGGAGUGCAACAAGACGGUGACCCGCCAGAAGAGAGAGGAGGCGCGGAAACUGAAGGAGGAGCUGGGGAGUCUGCAGGCCAGACUGGACAAAUUCAUGAACUUUGGGUCGAGCAGCAAGAGGUACCCCCUGCCAGACGUGCUGCAGUAUGCUCUUGAAUUUGCCCAGAGUUCUCCGUCUCGCGGCCCGGAGAUCACAGUACCUCCGACCUCGCCCCAUCACCCCCAUGAUGUGGAAAUGGAAUCUCCAGUGCCAUGUUCAAGAGUUGAGAAUACUCCAGAAAAGUCAUCCCUCUCCGCUGACGUGUCCAUGUCCUCGACGGGAGAGUGCUCGCAGACACCUGCGUCCUCGGCAGCACCGUCGUCUGUUGGCAUGACGAGUACGCCCACAAUGUCCAUCAACACCUCCUCCUCCUCCUCCUCUGCGCUGGCAUUCCCAGGAUCCUCGUCGUUCAGCGUGGCGGCCCCCACCCCGGCUCCUGCCUCCUCGCACGCUCACAAAACAGGGGAGAAAAACGCCUCUGCUCUUCCUCCCCCCUCCUCCUCCUCCUCCUCCUCCUGUUUGUCGUCCUCUUCAACAGCGGCCCCUGAAGCAAAAAAGUUCAAGGAUUCGUCGACGCAGUCGGACUACAGUAACAGCAACGCUGGCGUGCUCUUAUGCCCAACCUCCACUGCCGCCGCCGCCCCUCUUCCCUCCUCCCACCCCUCCUCCUCCUCCUCCCCCCGCACACACAACGUUGGCCCCCAGCCCGGGUCUUGCUUCCAGCCCCCCGACCCCUCCUCCCCUUCCCCCUCAGCCUCCCCACUGACGUACAGCAACACUGCCCCGCCACGCGGCUCACCGCUGUCUUCUGUUCCAUUCCUGGAACCUCACCCAAAGAGUGUGACGGAGGAGGAGCUGAGAGUGCUUCAGGACUGCUUGCGACGCUGGAGACAGGAAGUGGAAGCUGAUGUCAGAGAGCUACAAAGAAACAUCUCCACCCUGAAAGGCAAGCUGGAUAGGAUGUACUCCGACGACUACAUGAAAAAGUACCCUUACCACCUGCACUCUGUUCUGGUGCACGAGGGCCAGGCGGUGUCCGGUCACUACUGGUCCUUCAUCUACGACGACCGCCGCUCCAAGUGGCUCAAGUUCAACGACAUCACCGUCUCGGAGUCCUCGGAGGAGGAGAUGCACAAGGAGAGCGUGGGCGGCUUCCACAACGCCAGCGCCUACUGCCUCAUGUAUGUCGACCGCUCGCGGCUGGAGCGGGGUCAAGGUGACAGUAACACCAGUGCUAAAGCCGCGCACGACCUUCUGCCCAGCCUGCCCCUUGACCUCCGGCGAGCGAUCGAGGAAGACAACGCCGUCUUCGACCAGGAGAUACUGUCCUGGGACGAGGAACAGCGGAGAAAAGUGGCAGCGACCUCGGCGGCGUCUAAGUCGUCGUCGGUGUCCACAGCCACGCAGCCAGCCUCGACCUCCGCUUCGUCGUCAUCUCUGCCGUCCACCGUUCAGCAGCCCUCGGGGUCGACUUCGACCUCGACCAUGACCCCCACGACAUCCUCCUCGUCUCAGUCGUCCCAGUGGCGUCUGGUGUCGGAGAUGUGGGCGGAGAACCCGGAGCAGCCAGCUUCAAGGUCGUCAAGGUCACGGUCAGAUGAUCAGGACGUGGUAUUCACGGGAGAGCAGCGACCAGGUGAGGUGACCAUCAUCCAGCCAAUGAACUCCUCCUUGUCCCACCUGGCCAAACUGCACGCCCAGCUCUCCCUCCAGGCCACGCUUUCCGCCGUCACCCAGAGUGGCCUCUCGGCCGUUCCCGGCGUGACCCCUGACGAGGUCAUGAUCAAGUCCCUGGAAAGGGAGCUCCAGCGUUUGAAGAGCGCUUCCAAAACCUGGCUGUCCAAGCAGUCAUCGGAGGACCCGCGGCUGGACCACAUGGUGCUCUACCUACUGUCCAGCGCAGCUGACCUCAACACCAUCAAGGUGGUGCUCAGCGAACAGUUCUCUCUCUGCGAGAUGCUGGACACAGUCAGCAGAGUGAAGGGCGUGCGGCAGAAGGCUCAGGAGAUGUACUCACAACUCUAUCGUCAGUCUAGCGACGACAGCAUCAAGAACUACAAGUUCUGGCACAAAAGGUACCACCACUUCAGGCAGGCCGUCUUCAUGUUCAGUGUGGCUGUGGAUGCGUAUUGUGCUGACAGGUUCCAGGAGGCCUUGCCCUACUUCAACCAGGCCUGGCUUCACAACUGCGAGCCGGACGUCCCCAAGUCCAUGAUGAACUCUGGGGGUCAAAUUGAUCCCAAGAUGUUGGCUUCUCUCCGCAGGAGAUGUCUGCAGAAGAAAAAGUGGAGAAACUCCAAGACUUUCUGUCCAAGAUGUUUGAGAGCGGCAACGGUUCGCACGAGAGCCCCAAGGCUGUGAAGCCCAACGAGCUGAUGGGGACACUGACGGAGAAAUACCGUUGCGCCCUCCGCAGGCUGAAGGAAAGGGGAGAGCUGGCCGCAGUGUGGUCUCAGUCCAGCUAGCGGAGAGCGCGACCAGGAGGAGGAGGAUUGUACGCAGAGUGACCUGAAUUGUGGGAGAUUGGGGAGGGGGGGGGGUGUGUUGUGACGACACAUGUUUUGUCAUGAUUAACUGAGGAGAAUAAGAUUCCAGGCCUGCCUGAUGUUCCAGAUUUCUCAGGACUGCCUCCGAAUGUAGCAAUCAGGAAUGUGAGAGGACAUUACAAACACUACACCAGAACCA